AUCAAUUAAGAGAGAAAAAAAAUCCAAAAUGGAGAGAAGUGUGAGGAGGAGGAGGAAACAGUGAUUUACAGCAGCAUUAAUGAAGGCAUCUAUGGAAGCCAAAAAGGUCUUUGUAUUUGUGCGCGGAGCAUUAUUACACAGCUGUCCUUUUGUGUUCUGCCUCGCUCGCUGCAUUCAUUGCCUCCAUAACUGGCGGCCCCUCCACCCCUCGUACACAAUCUCAUCCCCAAAUUUAUCGAUUUAAUGCUCUCUCAAUCUCUCUCUCUCUCUCUCUCUAAUUUGCCGUCGACGAGAUAGAGAAUACAGAAUCCUCGCAAUUAGUUUUCAGCUUAGCCAUAUCUUCCUUCUUCCUUAUAUAUAUUCGGAUAACCCAAAUUUCGCAAUCGUUUUUUGAUUUUUGUGAUUUCGGUUGUUCUUCGCUGAUUGUUUCUGCUAUGGCUGCGGAUGUGAGUUCUCUUGUGAGAUUGAUGACCGGCGGCGAUGCGAACGAGGCGGCGGAAUCGACGGCUCCGAUCACCCGAGACUUGCUCGGCGGAUGCUGCGCCGUUGAUUCUCAGGAGUUGGACCUGGACCUUCAGGUUCCUUGUGGCUGGGAAAAGCGCCUGGACUUGAAGUCGGGAAAGGUUUAUAUCCAACGGCGCGACAUAUCGACUUCCGACAAGAACAAUCCGCCGCAAUGCGGCGAGACAACGCCAGGUGUCAAUUUGCAAGACCUCAAUUUCCCUCCGGCGACAUCGAGGCCGACUCUAAACCUUUUCAACGACUCCAGCCUCGACUUGCAGCUGUCUUCUCUAUCGUCGGGGGCAUCGUCCACACCGUCAAAUUUCGAGAGCGUCUGCACUCUCGACAAAGUGAAGUCGGCUCUCGAAAGGGCCGAGAAAGCGUCUGCAAAAAAGCGAUCCCGAUCGACCUCCAAGUCAUCUUCGCCGACCUUGAAUUCUUGUUCGUCGACCAAAGACGAUCGUCGCAAUCUUGAUUGCGAAGAUAAGUCCUCUAUUCCGAUUGCCGCCGGGUGCCCCCGUUGCUUGAUGUACGUGUUGAUCUCGAAGAGUAACCCGAAAUGCCCCCGAUGCAACGGCGAUGUGCCGUUGCCGGUUUCCGGUGGCGCCUCCGGCACCGGAAAGAAGCCUCGGAUUGACCUCAAUAUGUCCAUUUGAGAGGGAGGGAGUCUAUAUGCAGGUGCUGAUUAUUGUCACCAAAUUCUGGUAAAUUUUUUGUAUAAAGAUAGAAUUUUACAAAUUGAUAGUAUAUGUUUUUAUUAUUUUGUCUAUAGAAAUGGUUACAUAAAACUUUUGGAAAUGAA